AGAAAGAAGAGCUGGAGUAUCUGAUACAAGGUUUCAGCGCAACCAAGAAUUUGAAAAUGUUCCUCCAGCUUUACCUCAUCGCCUUUGCAGUGACAGCUGUUAGCAGUCAGACAGCACUGAAUUGUGCAGGCUUCCUCAGGUUACCAGACUACAAUGACAUCAGUGUUGACUGCGGCACAAACUACAUUACUCUAAACAUACAGAUCUGCCCAGCAAUCUAUGCCGGCUACAAUGAGACAGCACUUUUUGUCAAUGCCAUUACUAAUGACCCGAACUGCAAAGGCACCGUGGAUAGUAGCGUCGUUCCUCCUGUGCUACGCUUCACCUUUCCCAUUGGUACAAGCAACAGUUGUGGAAGCAAUCUCAAUACCACUAGCACUGCAGGCACUGGAAUAUUCUCAGACUUUUCCAACAUUCAGUCACUAAACAUCAGCGGAAUGGUGCGAUCAGUUGACACCUCAGUGAGCGUGGUAACCUACAAUACUGACCUGAAAUACUAUUACUCCUGUGCAUAUCCUCUGGAGUACCUGAUCAAUAACACCCGACUCGAUGUAUCUUCCUCUGCCAUUGCAGUGAAGGACAAAAAUGGCAGCUUCAUCAGCACACUCAGCCUCAAACUGUACAGUGAUGCAAACUAUACCACACCUCUUGUAAUUCCCACUCAGGGGAUUCAACUGAGGUCAAAUGUCUUUGUUAUAGUCCAAGCCACCAACCUUACUGCUCAGUACUAUGUACUGCUGGACAGGUGCUAUGCUUCUGUGUCCAGUUACCCCACCAACUCUACCUUCUAUAAUCUCUUUGUUGGGUGCAACAGGGAUCCGAUGACCAACAUUACUGAGAACGGUGCGAGUCAGGCUGCUCGUUUUUACUUCCCGGCCUUCCGAUUUACCGAGCAAAAAAACCAAAGUAUCUCAAGCUACUACCUGCACUGCAUCACACGACUAUGUGAGAGCUCUGCCUGUGCUAACUUUAGGACAUGUGGUGCAGGCAGAAGGAAAAGAGAGGCGGAGACCACCGCUUCACCUCAAAAUGGACUCACAGACUCCACUGUUCUCACCUCAACCCGCAUCAUCACCAGAUCUGAUAUCAACACAGAUUUAGCCACAAAAGAGCAACAAGUUGCAUCACCGAGUAAGGCUGACUCCUCUGUAGGCCUGGGUGUGGCAGUGGGCGUACUGGCGUUUGCCUGUGUUGGAACUGUCGUUAUUGGUGCUAUAUUCUACAAGAAGCUUAUCGUUUCUGGUGCCUCCAAAGUCCUCCGUUAAAAAGGGCUGAAACGACCAGCCUCCAGCACAAUAACUGUAGCUUCUAUUAUUCAUUCUCACACUUACAUGGGCAAAAUAUCUUUGGUUUCUAUAAAAUGACUUUCAUUUAUUUUUUUUUUUAUUUUAAGAAAAUUAAGAAUAAAUCUGCACAAUGGAUAUGAUGUGGCACAGCACCAAGUUAGGCAUCACUGAAAGUUGUACACUGUUAUUUAUUGAAAGGAACACAUUAAUGUAAAAAUACUUACGAACCAUGCCUUAUGUAAAACAACACAUUUUAGAACCUAAAUAUAAAUGUAAAUCAAAGCUAUGUGAGGGGAUUUUUUUUUCCAAGAAAGAAUAUUAUUGUUUCUGGCUUAUGAUAUAAAAUGCACUUGCACAUUGUAAAGGAUCUUUAUUAUAUUUCUAAUUAUAUAUUGUUGUCUUAAUUGGUGAUGUAUAUUUUUGAUUCGUUAAUU